AUGGCCGCCUUUAACCAGGAGCGCGCGCCGUCCGCCAACACGGUGAAGAAGAUCCUCCUCGCAGCCAAUGAGAUCGAAGAGAAGCACCGCUUAGGUAUCACCAAACGAGGCCGCGACGUAGUCAGCCCUGAGCUGGAAUCGUCGCUGAAGAACUUCGUAGAUGUCUGCAAUGCUGAAAACGUGCGUCUCUCGCGGAAACUAUUGGUUCAAAAAGCGCAAGAGUUUGUGGAGGCAAUGCCGCUCGAGCGACGCCCGAUGCUGAGCCUCUCGGUAGGCUGGAUGACGGAUUUUAUGGCAAGAAACGGAAUCAGAUUCAGAGAAUUUCGACGUCGAAGAGUGGAGGAUAAUUCCGGGCUAGUGGACACUGUAGUCGCCCCAGAGGGACAACCACAGAGGACGUUGACCGAUGUGACAGACCAUUUAGCGCUGGCACGCGAUACUCCAGGAAGGCAACUUGCUCGUGGGGACACGAGAGUGGAGGUGCCUCCACGAGUGAUGGAACGUUUGAGUGGUUUAACCCAGAAGACGGUGCUUAUUACGGGGGCGAGUAGAGGCAUUGGACUGGCGUUUGCUAAGUACUAUAUUAACAGGGGGUGGAAUGUCAUUGCGGCGGUCAGAGAUAUGAAAAAUGUGGACGAGCAGAUCAACACUCGAUUGAAGAGACGGCGAAGAUACUUCGAGGAGUUGCAAUUGAUCUGCUAA